GGGUCCCGGCUCUGGGAUUCAUUGGCUGGCGGUUGGAGGGGCCUCCUCACGAGAGGUCUCGAGUGCCGGUGAACUCUUCUCCCUGGUUCUGGGGUCCCAGCGCGUGCGGGGGUUCCAUGUCGUGCGACUCCUUUCUCAGGGUUCUGGGAGGACCGGUAAUCGAGGGUUAGUGUAGACAGAUCCUGAGGCGUCCAGUUCUUAGGAGUCCAUCCUAAGGAAAGGGGUCUUGCGAGCAGCCCUGAGGGAUCCCUCCUGGGGGGGCCUGUCUAGUUACUGGAGAUCUUUUUGAGAAUUCUUGAUUUAGAGAGGUUUUUAGGAGGGGAAAGGGUUUCCUGGAUCUAGGUCUGUUCCUCCAUCCCUAAUUCAUCUUGUGUGUCUGAGACCUUCUUCACAGGUGUGAGCAGAUUCUGCCUUGGUCGGGGGCUCAUCCCCUCAGCCCCACGCCCACGCCCCGGACCCCCAUCCCAGUGAAAAAUAGGCCUCAGGUGUGAUCUGCGGGCUUCCAGCUGGUAGGCGUAGUGUCCCGUGUCCUCAGGAGCACAGAGGCAGGUGUGGGGCUCCAUACAGAAAUUCUUAAUAGUAGCUCAGCUUUAUUAGGUGCCUAGCGUAACUUCAUUGACGAUAACUCUGUGAGGUCCCCGAUCCCCUUCUGCCCAUUUUCCGGAUGAUACUGAUUUUAUACCGUGUAUGAAGUGAUCAGGAGCGUGCCUGGCAGGCAGUAGAUGUUCAGUUCAGCAGAUAUUUAUGGAAGGCCUGUCAGGAGGCCUGGGUCUCUUGAUUUGCUGCGUGGGCUCACUCCUGGCUUCUGCGAAUUCCGAUGAGCCCUCUUUCAGGGGUCACCUUCUUUGAUGCUCACCUGUGCUCCUGCAGCUGCACCUCCCUCCUUAAACCAGGUGGCCCUGCUGAUGCCGCUGGGAGCCCGAGGGCUGCUGACAUGCUGCGACCUGCUUGUUAUAUUUACGAAGCGGCCACCAGGUCCUCACUGGCCUAGAGGACAGAGGGGGAACACUCCUCCCAGUCUUAGCUGUGUUGUUCCAUCUUAUUUCAUCCACUCAACACAGCAUCAUCGGUUCAGAGCUCAACUCCGGAGCCCAACCACCUGGAUUUAUAACUUCACGCUGUUUCUAAGCAAGUCAUCACCCUGCCUGUGCUUCUGUUUCCUCUUCUGUAAGAUGACGACAGUCUUAGCGCCUGUCUCAUCGAGUCGCGGUGAAGGUUAACAAGCUCAUAACUCUAAAGGGCUCAGGAGAGGUGCCUGGCGCGUAGCAUGUGCUCUGUAAGUGUCAGCUGCUGUUACGGUGCGGGUUCUUGUUCCUCCCGAGACCCUCCUGUGUGCCGGGCGUGCAGCAGUGACUGAGAGACUCGGUCCCUGCCUUCAGAGUCCAGUGACGGACCAGACUGACCGACCACAAGAGGCUAAACCAAUAAAUACCCAGUACGGUGUCUCACGGUGGUACGCGCUCCAAAGAAAGAACAAGGAAAAAGAGAUAGAGGCGUAACGCUGAAGACGUGAUCAGGGAAGGCUUUCCUGAAGAGGUGACAUUAGAGACUCAAGGAAGCGAGUUCUUGUGCCUGAGGAGAGCCACAGAAGGAAAAGGUGGCUGCCAUGGUGACGGAGCAGGAGGUAGAGGCCAUCGGGCAGACGCUGGUGGACCCCCGGCAGCCCUUGCAGGCGCGCUUCCGGGCGCUCUUCACACUCAGAGGGCUCGGCGGCCCCAGCGCCAUCGCCUGGAUCAGCCGGGCCUUCACCGAUGACUCUGCUCUGCUCAAGCACGAGCUGGCCUACUGCCUGGGCCAGAUGCAGGACCGCCGGGCCAUCCCCGUGCUAGUGGACGUGCUGCGUGACACCUGCCAGGAGCCCAUGGUGCGUCACGAGGCUGGGGAGGCCCUGGGGGCCAUUGGGGACCCGGAAGUUAUGGAGAUCCUGAAGCAGCACUCCACCGACCCUGUGCUGGAGGUGGCCGAAACCUGCCAGCUGGCCGUCCGGCGUCUGGAAUGGCUGCUGCAGGGCGGCGGGUCGCCUGCCGCUGGGCCCUACCUGUCAGUGGACCCGGCCCCGCCCGCUGAGGAGCGCGACGUGGGCAGGCUGCGGGAGGCGCUGCUGGACGAGGCCCUGCCGCUCUUCGACCGGUACCGAGCCAUGUUCGCCCUGCGCGAUGCUGGCGGCGAGGAGGCUGCCCUGGCACUGGCCGAGGGCCUGCGCUGUGGCAGCGCCCUCUUCCGCCACGAGAUCGGCUACGUAUUGGGCCAGCUGCAGCACGAGGCCGCCGUGCCCCAGCUGGUGGCGGCCCUGGCCCGGGGCGCCGAGAGCCCCAUGGUGCGGCAUGAAUGUGCUGAGGCCCUGGGCGCCAUCGCCCGGCCCGCCUGCCUGGCCGCCCUGCGCGCCCACGCAGCUGACCCCGAGCGCGUGGUGCGGGAGAGCUGCGAGGUGGCCUUGGACAUGUACGAGUACGAGGCGGGGCCGGCCUUCCAGUAUGCCGACGGGCUGGAGCGGCUGCGCCCGCCCCCCAGCCAAAGCCUCUCCCCUGCGGAUCCAUGACCUCGCCCGCUCCCCUCCGGGUCGCGCUCGCUGGUUCCUGCGAAUUGGAGCUCGCUUCUUGUCUGUCCACUUGGGACCCCAGCCGCCUUUUCAUCUCGAGUACCUCCCCCACCCGGGGUCUGGCUGAGGUCUCUGCUGUCCCCCUACUGAGGGGCCUAGCACAGAGCUGCAGGCCUCAGGGCGGGAUGUCAGCAUGGGGUAAGGGUCUGAUGGGGUGCAGGCGUGGGACUGUGCUCGUGGGAGGUUGGGGUGGGCCACCUUUUUGAGGAAUGAGGGGGUGCAGGGGAAGGUGUGGUGGACUGGGCUAGGGACUUGGGCUGGGGAGGGACGAGCAGGCCCCAGGUCACAGCUUAAGUGGAAUAAAUUAUUUUUGCCAAAUAA